AUGGGCAGGGGUGCGAAGCAGGGAUGGCCGCCCAGCGCCCCGCUGACGCGGUGGGCGAAGAGGCGGAUGGCCAGCCACAUUGCUCGCGCCCUCGCUUGUGCCGACGAUUUUUGUUUCGGGCUCGCAUAUGCCUUCCGCUCGCUGGGCUCUGUGCUCAACGCUCCUCGCAAGUUGGGGCCUGUUACUGGCCUCCGGCUUAACUGCGAGGAAUGCGCGAUCUUUCUCGCUGACGACAACAUGAGCAGCUCCGGGGAAACUGACUUUGAGGUUGUAGCACCAGCGCAUGCCGACGAGGUCCGCGACCAAUUGAAAUCGAUGUCCGACGGCAAGAGCGCCGGCGCAGGUGUCGUUGUAGCGGAAUUGCUGAAGGAAGGCAGCGACAAGCUAAUAUUGGCGAUUGCCGCUCUUUUCUCGGACAUCCUGCAGCCGGGCGCGGAGUUGCCAGAGCACUGGAG